UUCGAGAGAGAUUGCGCGAGCCCCCAGUCAAGGGAUCCUCUCCCCGAAGAGAGAAAGGGAGAGACAGCGCGCCUGAAAGAUAUCGGCUUCCUUGACGAAGCGCAGUGUCGAUCCUGAGGUUUCUGAUGGAAAACGGGGCGGGUGCUGCGAAAGAUGAGUGCCGGCCGGGGCAGAUGGGGCUGGAGAUGGCGGCGGAAAAUGGGGAUUCGCAGCGGGAAUUAGCGGGCGGCGCUGAUGGCGGUCCUCCGAAAUCGGAGGAUGGAUCGAAGGAUUUGGGAGAAAAUGAGGUCUUUGAGGAGGCGAUGGAGGCCCCGCAGCACUUGGUUCAUGAUUCGCACGUUGGUAUGGUGAUUGAGCCUGAAGGGGUGGUUGAGCCGGCAGAUCUACGGGUGGGUGAAAAGAAUCUCGAAGUAGAAAUGGUUGGUUCUGAGGGAUACAUUGAUUCAACAGAUGCUGCAGGACACGAUCAGAGACCCGACGAGCAAGAAAUGGUCGGUCUUGUAAAGCUCGAUGGGGCUCCUGGUGUUGAAGGUAAUGGUCAGGAAGAUUCAGUUUCUUUUGACAAGCUUGAUGCGUCGACUGGUAGCCAGCAUACUGAUCAGAGUUCUGAAGAACAGGUGGCUGUUGAAUCCGAGGAAGGGAUGCCAGCUUGUGAUGAGUCAGAUGGUGAACUUGGAAAAGGGGAAGAUGAAAAAGAGUUCAUGCUUGGCAAAUUAAAUUCUGUGGUUCCAGAUAGUAAGGAUGGCAAAGGGAUGGAUGAAGUUACAAAUGGAUCUUCUGAGAUUGUGAAUGACAGGGAAAUUUCUGUCGGUGACGGCAACACGGAAUUGGUUGGUAAGAAAUCUGAGAUUGAGGAGCCUGAGAUGGUGAGAUUAGAUGGGCUGGCUGAUCUUCUUGAUGAAGGUUCUGAAAAUGGACAGUCCCUUGAAGUGACUUCUGAUGAGUGUGGGGCAGAUAAUGAUGCGGAAUCACAUCAGGUUUCGACACAACAGAUGAAGGAUAUAUCAGCUCAGUCAUUAGCUGUUUCUGAAGAGCCGUCAAAAGUUCCCCAGCUGAAAGAUAACAGUGCAGAAGAUAACUAUGGUUUUGCAACUAAUGGACAUGCUGCUGUGCAAAAAGAAGGUGGUAGCUUUGCAACUAAUGGACAUGCUACCAUGGAAAAACAAGAUGGAUCAUCCUGCUCUCAUGUUACUAGUGCAGCUAAUGAUUCUUAUGUAAAAGACGAUAAGGCUGUCAUGCAUGAAACUACCAAGAAACUUCAAAAGGAAUCUGUUGAAAAUCUAGGCCAUUUGAGUUCUACAAGUAGUGACAACAAGAGAAGUUCUAGCCCAUCCGCAUUGCCUUCAACUUUGAAUCAUGAGAACUCGGGAGGCCCUGGCUUGUCAUCUCGUCCUGCUGGCCUUGGCUCCUCUGCUCCUUUACUGGAGCCUUCUGUCCGUUCUCUUCAGCAACCUAGGACUAAUGGCUCUGCUCCACGGAGGGUCUCUCAACCAUCUGAAGAGCCACCAAAUGAUGAUGGAGAGGAGAAUGAUGAGACACGCGAGAAGCUUCAGAUGAUUCGGGUUAAGUUUCUUCGUUUGGCUCAUAGGCUUGGGCAAACACCUCAUAAUGUAGUAGUUGCCCAGGUUCUAUACAGGCUAGGUCUGGCUGAACAGCUUAAGAGAAACACAAACCGGCCAGGUGUAUUCAGCUUUGAUCGGGCUAGUGUUGUGGCAGAACAACUUGAGGCUGCUGGCCAGGAGACUCUGGACUUCUCUUGUACAAUAAUGGUCAUUGGAAAAACAGGGGUUGGCAAGAGUGCUACCAUCAAUUCAAUAUUUGAUGAAGUUAAGUUGCCAACGGAUGCCUUCCAGGUGGGGACAAAGAAGGUCCAGGAAGUAGUGGGCAUGGUUCAGGGGAUCAAGGUUAGGGUUAUUGACACUCCUGGUCUCUUCUCUUCCUCUUUGGAUCAGAAUCGAAACGAGAAAACACUUCAUUCUGUCAAGAGGUUUAUCAAUAAGACUCCUCCAGAUAUUGUUCUUUACUUUGAUCGGUUGGACAUGCAGAGUAGGGAUUAUGGGGAUGCUCCACUUCUGCGGACCAUCACUGACAUAUUUGGAGCAUCCAUUUGGUUUAAUGCAAUUGUUGUUCUAACACAUGCUGCUUCUGCUCCUCCAGAUGGCCCAAAUGGUAGUCCGUUGACUUAUGAGAUGUUUGUGACUCAGAGGUCUCAUGUGGUUCAGCAAGCAAUCCGACAAGCUGCCGGGGAUGUACGGCUCAUGAACCCAGUUUCCUUGGUCGAGAAUCACUCUGCUUGUAGGAUGAAUAGGGCUGGCCAGAGAGUACUACCAAAUGGCCAGGUUUGGAAACCACAGUUGCUGUUACUGUCAUUUGCUUCCAAAAUUUUGGCAGAGGCUAACAUGCUCCUGAAGUUGCAGGAUGGCCCUCCCGGUAGGACAUUUGGUUCUCGUCCGAGAGUUCCUCCAUUACCCUUUCUUUUGUCUUCUCUUCUACAGUCAAGACCCCCGCCUAAAUUGCCAGAAGAACAACUUGGUGAUGAUGACAACUUGGAUGAGGAUUUGGGUGAGAUAUCUGAUUCCGAUGAGGGCUCAGAUUAUGAUGAGUUGCCACCUUUUAAGCCUCUCACUAAGUCCCAAGUGGCAAAGCUGAGCAAAGCACAGAAGAAGGCAUAUUUUGAGGAACUAGAUUAUAGAGAAAGGCUCUUCUAUAAGAAACAGUUGAAAGAGGAGAAGAGGCGCCGGAAACUCAUGAAGAAAAUGGCAGAUAUGGCUACGGAUAUACCAAAUGAGCACACCAAUGGGGAUGUUGAAGAAGAAGCCAGUGGCCCUGCAUCUGUGCCAGUACCUAUGCCAGAUUUUGUGCUUCCCAAUUCUUUUGAUUCGGAUAAUCCUACUCACCGUUAUAGAUUUCUGGAUUCUUCCAGCCAAUGGCUUGUCAGGCCUGUGCUAGAUUCCCAGGGCUGGGAUCAUGAUAUUGGUUACGAAGGUUUGAAUGUGGAAAGAGUAUUUGUUAUCAAAGAUAAAAUGCCACUAUCAGUUUCUGGCCAGCUUACAAAGGAUAAGAAGGAGUGCUCUCUCCAAAUGGAGGUGGCAAGUUCAAUCAAGCAUAGUGAAUCAAAAUCCACUUCUUUAUGUCUGGAUAUGCAGACUGUUGGGAAGGAUGUUGCGUACACAUUACGUGGUGACACAAGGUUUAAAAAUUUCAGGCGGAACAAUACAGCUGCAGGAGUUUCAGUAACCGUCCUUGGGGAUUCAUUGUCAGCUGGCCUGAAGUUUGAAGAUAAGUUGAUGAUUAGCCAAAGACUUAGAGUACUCAUGAGUGGAGGUGCAAUGACAGGUAGAGGCGAUGUAGCUUAUGGGGGCCGUCUCGAGGCAACUUUAAGGGACAAAGAUUAUCCUAUAAGACAGGCUCUGUCCACUCUUCAACUGUCUAUUAUGGAUUGGCAUGGAGACCUCACACUUGGUUGCAAUGUUCAAUCUCAACUCCCCUUGGACAGAGGAACUAAUCUAAUUGGUCAUGCGAACUUGAGCAACAAAGGAACUGGUCAAAUUGGUAUUCGUUUGAAUAGCUCAGAACAUUUUCAAAUAGUUUUGCUUGCCCUUUUUCCCAUAAUAAGGAAUGUCCAGAAGAUAUUAUUUAGUUCUUCUCAGUCUAUGUAAGCUGUUGUCUAGGAUGGGUAACACGAUGAGUUGCUCAAGACUUGAAAGUGACUUUCGUCUUUACUUGUACUGCAAGUGAACUUGGUUUUCGAGUGGUAUUUCUCUUUUUUCCUUGGAUUUUGCUUUAUGCCUGAAAUAGAAUGAAUAUCCUACUAGAUAUCCUAGUAGUUUCGCUGUAUUA